UUUUCCACACUGGCUGCCUUCGAGUGGUCCAGCCUGGCUGAGGGAUGGUGCGAGUUUAGGUUUUCUUUUGAAGCUACUUUUUAAUUUUAUUUUAGAAACAGCCUCUUCCUAUAUAGCGUAGGCUGGACUUGAACUCGAUAGCCUCGCAAGCGCUGAGAUAGCAGGCUGCUCUCGGCGAGCGUUUUGAGGAGGCCAGAAGUGGGGUUUUUACCUACUAACAUCUCCUUUUGGGGGGAAAGAAAGGAGGAAAGAAAUAGGGUGGAGUUGGAUGUGACUAGGCCAGGGAAGAUGAGUGACUAGGUGUAUCUCAAAAUGUCAGAUUCUCUGGAUCAUUUAAACAAACGCCUCGGAGGACUGCAGUGGUUCGGCGCCUAAGGUUUGGCAGCUUUUAAUAGCUGUGCUUUCUUAACUCCUGCUGAGCCGCCUCCUUCUCCAGGUGUGAGCCAGGAAUAUUGAUCCGGGAUGACGUCUCGGGAUCAGCUGGUGCAGCAGGUGCUGCGCGACCUGCAGGAGGCAGUGGAGUCCGAGGGCUUAGAGGGUCUCAUCGGUGCUGCCCUGGAGGCCAAGCAGGUCCUAUCUUCCUUCACCCUUCCCAUCUGCCAGAAGGGCGGCCCUGGCGCUCAGGUGCUGGAGGUGGACUCAGUGGCCUUGAGUCUGUACCCGGAGGAUGCUCCUCGGAACAUGCUGCCCUUGGUGUGCAAGGGUGAGGGGAGCCUGUUGUUUGAAGCGACCAGCCUGUUGUUGUGGGGGCACACGGGUCUCAGCCUGGAGCUGCGAGCCCGCACUGUGGUGGAGAUGCUGCUGCACAGGCACUAUUAUCUGCAGGGCAUGAUCGACUCCAAGGUGAUGCUGCAGGCUGUGCGCUACUCCUUGUGCUCUGAGGAGUCCCCUGAGAUGACCAACUUAUCUUUUGCCACACUGGAGGCCAUCUUUGAUGCUGAUGUAAAGGCUACGUGCUUCCCAACGAGCUUCUCCAAUGUGUGGCACUUGUAUGCCCUCGCCUCCAUCCUUGAAUGCAACAUCUACUCCAUCUACCCCAUGCGCAACAUCAAGAUCCGACCCUAUUUUAACCGUGUUAUCAUGCCUCGCUGCUCCACCCACGUGACCUCCAUGCUGCACAUCAUGUGGGCUGGUCAGCCCCUCACUAGCCACCUCUUCCGUCACCAGUAUUUUGCCCCUGUUGUUGGGCUGGAGGAGGUGGAGGCUGACUGUACUGCUAGCCUGAACCCCGUUCCUCCAAACCUGGGUCCUCUGCUACCACCCGCUAAAACCCUGGAGCUGCUCAACCGUGAACCUGGCCUCAGCUACUCCCACCUCUGUGACCGCAUCAGCAUCACCAAGAGCACCUUCUACCGCUGGCGGCGGCAGACCCAAGAGCACCGUCAAAAGGUAGCCACCCGCUUCUCUGCCAAGCACUUCCUGCAGGACAGUUUCCACCGUGGGGGCUUUGUGCCAUUGCAGCAGUUCCUGCAGAGAUUCCCUGAGAUCUCCCGUUCUACCUACUAUGCUUGGAAGCAUGAGUUGCUGGGCUCUGGUGCCAACUCGGCCCUGGGCCCGGCCACUCCAUCCAGGGAGGCACUGGCUGUGCCGGAGGUGGAGAGGCCACCGGGGAAAAAGGCUGCUGAGGAGGUGGGGUGCUCCUCACUGGCAGCAGCGAUGUUGAGCCCUCCUAGUAUGAUCUUAAUGCAGCGUGCCAAGUCUUUCUUGGAGUAUUGCAUCUCUCUGAACAAACUGGUACCAUAUCGCUGCUUCAAAUGCAGGUUCCCUGGCAUCUCGAGGUCUACCUACUACAACUGGAGGCGGAAAGCCCUCAGAAGGACCCCCAGUUUCAAGUUGUCCCAAGCAGCUUUUGAAACUGCUGAGUCUCUCCAGCCAACAGAUGUUGGGAAAGAGACCCCCUUCUCUUUGAAGAGAGAAGCGGGAGAGGAGGAGACAGGAAAAGCAGGAAGUGGGGCUCCUCUGACUUCCCGGGGGCUCAUAUCCCCAAAGAUGCCCUUAUCUCGUUGGCAGAGACGACUACGCAGGGCUGCCCGCAAGCAGGUGCUAAAUGGGCACCUACCCUUCUGUCGCUUCCGCCUCCGCUAUCCUAGUCUGUUACCUUCCACUUUUUGGGUAUGGAAAAGUCUUUCCCGGAGAUCGCCCGGGAUGCAGAUUCCCUCUUUGAGCCAGAGGAGGCAGAAGCCUCAGGGACGGCAGAAGCCCGAGGGACGGCAGAAGCCCGAGGAACAGCAGAAGCCCGAGGGACGGCAGAAGCCCGAGGGACGGCAGAAGCCAGUUGAACCACAGGCUAUGGAAGCUGAUCAGAAUGUACCGGCUAUGGUGGUUCCUCCAGCGGAGACACUGCCAGUGGCUACUUCUCCAGAAGAUGUCCCAGGAGGGCCUUCCAGAGAGGGAAACAUCAUUCAAGAGGCAGCUAUGACCCAGAGCCAACCCCAUAGUGGAUCGUUGCCAAGCCAGACUCUGGCGGAGGCACCCGGGGGCAGUGAUGGGCAGGUGCUGGUGAUGGACAUGCUUACCACCACGAGGUUCAAGGCCCAGGCCAAGCUGUUCCUGCAGAAGCGGUUCCAGUCUAAGACUUUCCCCUCCUACAAGGAGUUCCAGGCGCUCUUCCCCCUCACUGCCCGCUCCACCUACUACAUGUGGAAGCGGGCGCUCUAUGAAGGUCUCACACUGAUUGAUGGCUGAUGGGAGGGGAAGAAGGGGAGCCGAGCUGCCUCCUGACUAGGAUGUCCUUUGCUCUGCCUUUUGUAACGUCUUGAUGGAGGGGUGGGAAUCAGCCGCUCGCUCUGACAAAAGCUACAGGAGGGCCAGUUGUCUCUUUGGUUGUUGGCUGGGUCAUAGGUUUUUGUUGUGUUUCAUUUUGCUUUUUCCAUUAAUUUGGGUUGGCAGGACCCCCUCCGCCCCUCGUCAGUGUUAAAGCUCUGUCAUGAUUGUGACAUGGCUGCUUUCAGCUUUUCCUGGGCCCACAAGGAAAGUAUCACAGCGUGACCAUUAUUUCCUGUCAGAAUAAAUAUAUGUGCCUUUUCUUUUUAAGGGUUGUAUCUUUUUUUUCCCCCCCUCAAAGAUGUCUUCCAAAGGAAUAUGGGGACUGAGCCUGAGGCAGCUGUGUGGCUGCUUCCUCAAACCCUCGGUGGAGAAGGACUGAGCUUCACAGAACACACGACAGUGAUCUCUAAGCCAGGGAAGGCCCCUAGGCACUGGAGACCCCAAAGAGAGCUUCCUGCUUCCUCUGCUGGGGGCUGGGGGGGAUCUCUUCAGGUCAGGCGUCUGCCAGCCUGGCUGCUCUUGGGGACCUGCUGAGCCGCCUCAGACGCCAAGGCACAUUUUGGGCAAGGAGCUACAAGGUUACAAGGCUGGUGGGGAAUUGAUUUUUUUUUUUCAUUGUCUAGCCACACAGUUGGAAACCCAAAGAAAAUAAAGUGAAAUUUUGUCCUCACACA